UACACUGCAUCGCUCUCUGGCUGGGACAAGACAUUUGCAGGCAUACUCUGGACAGCUCUACCUCAGUCCGGGUCCUAAGCUUUAGGCAACCAUUACCAAUCCUAUCAUUGAUCUGUCUGAGAACAACUUGAAUUCCGGCAGUCGGCUAUUGCCCAGCUACAACCAAUGAAAAACUAGAAGGGUGCUGUUGUUUGUUGCUUAGCAACAACCACCUGGAAGGACUACUAACUGGGUGGACUGUGCGUUUCAAACGUAAAACGUUGUGGGCGGGGCUUGGUGACGUGCAACGCAAUGGGCUGGCGCAGCUUGUGCUGCAGUUUAGCGCCGGAGUAGCGGCGGGUGUUGACUGUAGGUUGGGAGCGGGGAUGCUUGAAGCUGAUGGUGACUGAGGCACACGCUGCUCUUUGUCAUUGCCUCGGUAUCAAGUCUGUGUGAAUAUCGGCGCAGCGCUCUUGCCUCACUCCUGAUGCCCACGUUAUGGUGCCAUAGAUCAAUUUGAUGGGGCUCUUACGGAUUAUGAUGCCGCCCAAGUUGCAGCUGCUGGCAGUGCUGACCUUUGGGGUCUUAAUGUUCUUCCUGGAGAACCAAAUCCAGAAGCUGGAGGACUCCAGGGUGAAGCUUGAAUUGACAAAAAAGGUGUGGUACCUGCGAGUUGGAUGUGUUCAAGCCAAGGCGUUGCGCCCCAGGUGUGAGUUUGGCCAGAAAGGGCGAUCGCACGUCAUGAAGUACGAGAAAUAGAGCAGCGGCAUUCAAUGGAUGGCACCCGACAAGAAAUUGUGCUUGAUGAUGAUGAAGAUUUUUUAAUAAUUUACAACAGAGUUCCAAAGACUGCCAGCACUUCCUUUACAAAUAUUGCCUAUGAUCUGUGUGCAAAAAAUAAAUACCAUGUGCUUCACAUAAACACUACGAAAAAUAAUCCAGUCAUGUCUCUUCAAGAUCAGAUGCGCUUUGUGAAGAAUGUCAGUUCUUGGAGAGAGAUGAAACCAGGCUUCUAUCAUGGACACAUUUCCUUUUUGGAUUUUACAAAAUUUGGCGUUAAAAAGAAACCUAUUUACAUAAAUGUGAUUAGAGAUCCUAUCGAAAGACUUGUCUCCUAUUACUAUUUCCUGCGCUUUGGUGAUGACUAUCGACCAGGUUUACGGAGGCGUAAGCAGGGAGAUAAAAAGACCUUUGAUGAAUGCGUAGCAGCUGGAGGCUCUGACUGCGCUCCAGAGAAACUUUGGCUUCAGAUCCCGUUCUUCUGUGGCCACAGCUCAGAAUGCUGGAAUGUGGGGAGCAGAUGGGCUUUGGAGCAAGCCAAGUACAACCUUGUAAAUGAAUACUUUUUAGUAGGAGUCACAGAGGAACUUGAAGACUUCAUCAUGUUAUUAGAAGCAGCAUUACCCAGAUUCUUCAGGGGUGCAACAGAGCUUUAUCGUUCAGGGAAGAAAUCCCAUCUCCGAAAAACAACAGAAAAGAAGGCCCCUUCGAAAGAGACAACUGCAAAGCUGCAGCAGUCCGACAUAUGGAAGAUGGAGAAUGAGUUCUAUGAAUUUGCUCUAGAGCAAUUCCAGUUUGUCAGAGCACAUGCAGUACGAGAAAAAGACGGAGAACUGUAUGUUCUAGCACAGAACUUUUUUUAUGAAAAGAUUUACCCAAAGUCGAACUAAGGAAGACACUGCACAGUAUAUGUUUAAUCGACUACACCAUUUGUUCUUAGGACUUAAUUUCAUGCCUACAGACGUGGCAAUUGUGCCGCUGAGACGGUUCAUUGGUAGCUUGGUAUGGUUGUCAUCAAAUGAGCCAUAUCAAAUAUUCACCACUAAGGAACUGUGACCUUCACGGGAUAUCCAGCUAAACAACUCUGCCAAGAGAUCACAUCCAUGAGCAGAAACAAACGUGGACUUGCUUUAGCAAAUGAACACUGGAAAAUGCCAGAUAUACACUGUACAGACAAAGUCACUUUUUAUUUUCAUUUAAAGAGAGACUGGUUUAGGAUUGAAUGAUGUGCUGGUGGUGUUCUCAUUUCUGGGGAUCAUGUCCUCUACCUGCUUCAGAACAACCCUUUGGUGGUUCUGUCAUUAAGACUGGUCGUAUCUGUAGCGGGUUUUCAAAACACCUUACAGGGUUAGGCCAAUCAGAGACUGUCUCUGCAAUUGAAGGGAAAUAUACCCCAUUACAAUUUUUAUCUUCUAGUUUAUUUUCCAUAAACAGACCCCAAUUGUAGUGGCAUAUAUUACUGUGUACAUGGGACACUCCUGGAAAUGUUAACACUUAUACACACAGUGUGGGGAUUGCUGGGUUGCUUGCCUGGGUUUUAGCACUGUGUACAUUUACAGGUCAAUACAAUGGCACCGUCUCUACAGUUUUUUGCUCUACCAUUGUUUGCAUUCUGAUAAAGGGUUGCUGUUGAGAAAUUAUUAAUAUCACAAAUAAAUACUACCAUCAUACUGUAAGCAAAACACUAGGGGCAAUAGCAAACUGAAUGUUUUGAUCUCUGCAAUUUAUUAUUAUUUUUCCUUCUCAAUGGGCUGAUUUGAUUGUAACUAAUUGAAUAAACUAAAGCAGACCAGGUGAGUAUUAAAAGGCCAGAAAUGCCAAAUGAAAGGGGUUCAUAUAGUGAACUGUACCUUGAAAAAAAAUGUUGCUUCACAAUCGCUAUCAUUUCUAUAAAAGAGCACCCAUUGGGCUGAUGGGCCCACUUUGAGUAGUAGUUUUUCUUUAACCUUUACUACUGGUACCCAGGUUGAAUGUGUAGUUCAUCUUUGUGACCAAAUAAUUAUGUGCCUAAUUUUAACUACCAUUUUCUAUAUUAGGAGGAAACUUUACUAGUUAAAAGGGGUCCUGGAGACCAAUGCCAGACCACACGGGGAUUAGUUACAUGUAUAAAACCUUACUUGCACCAAAAAGCACUGUUGUAUUUUUAGGUGUUGAUAUUACCGACACUUAGGUUAAUUGAAUACAGUUCUAUUGCAUAU